AUGGACUUGGCAGAGACAGACGGAGCAUCCAGCAACAACCGAUUGAUCGCACAUUUGAUCCAACAGGCGAAAACAACAUGUCUUGGACGUGGUUCUUCUGGUUCUGCGGCUCACCCGCUUUUGUUGGCCCAUUGCAGGUGCAUGAACCAUGCAGUGCAAUUGAAUAGUGCCGGAAUCCUCGGGACAGUGAGUGCCACUUUGCUCAACAGGGUUUAUGGGAUGACCAUUUUUAUUCGCAAUCUGGGUUAUUGGUUGCGAAUCAGACAGGCGAUCAGAACUUGGGUGGGUGAGAACCUGAGAUUUCGGCCUGAAGUUCCCGCGGCCGCCGCCAAUCUUGCAGAGCACGUGCAGCCACACCCAGCCCUCCAUGAACUGAUAGCCUAUCUUCGUAUGUGGAAGAAGCUUGAAAAACGGAGUGCGAAGGCCGAAGAUGACCGGCCACAGGUCGAUGAGGACGAGGACGAAUCGAAUUUCGAUCGUAAGGCGGCUGCUUUCCUGGAUAUGUGGAAUGGUAAUGUGGCAGACGGUCCUUGUCAUAUAUGCUCUUGCCCCAACAUUCCGUAUGGCCAUCGUCAUUGUGUGGACAGGGCCGCAGCCGUGAAGAAGUGCAGCGACACCCUGCUUGAUCUUUUUGUGCAUGCGAUGCCCGGUGUUCCAUCUCCCAGCAAAUGGACAAAACUACAUUCGCCUUUGGAUUUUUGCUUAGCGGGCACAGUUGUGCACAAUUGGCUUGAACAUGCGUUCCGGAGUGCAUUCUCGGAUAUGGUAUUCCAGGAAUUUCCGGAUAGCGAAGCUGGAACAGAUCCUCGCUUAGUCGAAGCCCUGUCGUUUCAUGCAGUAAAUGGUCGCCGGUUUCAGUCAUCGAUGUCGUUCUUGCAGAACACACAUGAGAAAUGGGCUGUGAGUCUUUUGGCAGUGGCAUUAGAACCGAAUCGUGUUCUGACGUACUACUGGCUGAGUUGCUUGGGCCAAUCAUUGAGCCCCCUUGAAAGGCCCCCUUUGUACUGUUUGUUGGAUCCGAGCAGCAGUGUUUUGACGAGCCUUCUACAACACUGCAGUGCACUGCUUGCUUCGGAGAGUGGGUCUGGCCGGGUCCGCUUGUUGUGGACUACUUCGGGGUACGAUAGUUACGAUCGCUUCUGUAGGUGCGAGCCGAACCGAGUCCGCGAGAUUCGCAGGAUCAUGUUGUUCACAUCUUGCUGGAUUUUUCGUCGGCAUUACGAGUAUCUGCAUUCAGAUUCCUUUCUUAUUGCCAUCGUUGGAGACGAGCAGGCCGAUCCUCAGGUAUUGUCUUCGUUCCUUUCUUCUUGGAGGGUUAAAUCAUGGUGCUGUGUCCCACCGGGUUUGGCACGGGCCCUCAAAGCGAGACAUGUGACAGCAGAAGAUCUUCAGACAUCCCGUUGGAAGAAGAUACUUUUUUGGUUUGCUGCGACAUUGCAGCUGAGCAUCGCUGACGUGGAAGUGAAACAUGCGGCAAAUCGCUCUAAUGCGGAGAGCGGAUUUAGCACCAUCGCCGCGAAAUUUGUAAAUUCGGACUCGCAUCUGGUUGCACGUCAGGCUCGGCAAAAAAUUUGGCCUAGCAAGGGCAAGGAUGAAACUGCAGAUAUCGAAGAUGUCGGGAAAGAUGCCCUUGUUAUGGACAAGACAAAGCGAAGAGCCAAGGGCCGAUCAGCAUUGGAGUUGUUUCGUAAGGAUUGGUUGCAUAGACGUCGCAUGUCCGAAGCCAUCAAUCCGGCGACGAAAGCAGUGUGGGAUGAAGUCCGUGCGGGUUGGAGGGAGCUGCCGGAUGAGCAGAAGCAAGUGUACACUGCAAUGGCUGCUUCUAGUGGAGAAGCUGCAGCUUCUCAAAGGCGACAAAACCGCGGUGCAACUUCAGAUGCUACUGUUGGCGAGCGAGGCACAGGACUGAACUUGUGUAAGCAGUAUUACCACUCUUGCACACCAAAGCUGUUGAAUGCAGUUCCUUUCCAGCAACAUUUGGAAACCCCAGAUUUGAAAGCAUUGCUGUCCCCGUUUCCUAAGAACGAGCCCCCCACGUGCAAGUUCGGCAAACACGGAUAUCCUGUUUCAGAAGCAUCCCUGAGUCGAAUAGCAGAAGUGCAGCGGCAGAAGGGGAUUUCGGCGAGGCAGGCCGAACAUCACUUCGACCAGGAAAGAGAAAGGAUGGCCCGCCCUCCAGAUUCGGACCACUUUCCUGAGAGGGUCAUCUAUGAGAGUCAUUGUGGGUGCCAGCGCCGGCAUACCGGCGAGGACAGACGGAUUGCAUUGCACAUCAAUCUGCUCCAGUCCUUCUUGCACAUCGUGAAGCAGCUCGGUUCUCCAAUGGAUGUCGUGCGAUCAGAUGUUCUGCUGUCCUUUGAGGUGUUAUCGAGCACGAAGCGGCAUGUGGUUCGGCAAUUUGCUUGGGUUUCUGCCGUAUCUGCCAGAGCGGGAGCUUUGAAACCAGAACAGACUUUUGUGCUCGCAGAAGUGGGCGAUUGUGGCCAUGUUGGAGAGGGAGUGCACAGGUUCGACGGCCUUUAUCUUGACCUCGCCUUAGAGCCGUAUGUGCAAUGCAAGAAGGAAUAUCUGCCAGCCCCUCCUGACGAACCACCCGUUGGCCGCUUGAGAAUGUUCGUGUCCGAUUCGUGGGCCUUCCACUUGCUCAGUGUGUUUGAUGAUCAUCCUGGUCUUUUUGCUGGGCAAGUCGUGAUUAAUAAACUUCAGUUCCAAGAUUGUACUCCAAGGCGUGUCCGUGUCGUAGGCUUCGAUGCGAAUUUCCAAAGAGUCUUGGUAUCUGCAGACGGCUUUCUGGAAGGGUUGCAACAUGAUUCUGAUGUGCACGAAGCAGCAGAUCCAAUGUUGGACGGGGCCGGGGAUGAUGCAGGCCCUUCUGCCGGCAGCGGGAUGGAUUUCCUUGCUUUGUUGGAUGACACUGAUACAGGUCCAACCCCGGCACCUGCAAAGCGGCGGAAGAAAUCGCAAACUGUCUCUCAAGGGCUUGAUGUUCCGCCUGCUCCAGAGAAUGAUAUCUUGGACGACCCAGAGCUACAGGGCAUCCUCGGCGCCGACAACAUCGUUGAGCUCAAGAGGGCUAUCGAAACGUGCACGGCCACAGGGGCAGAGAUUGCAAACGACAAAUGGAUGGAUGAGCGAGCAGCACAGGAUUCAGAUAGCGACAUCUUCGAUGAGGGCGAUUGCAAGGAAGAUCCAGAUUCGAGAGCAGCCACUACCACAUCCCCGGCGACGGCACCGCGAUUGUCGACCCCGGCCGCUUCGAGUUCUUCAGCUUCCUCAUCAGCAGUGGUCCCGCCGCUGAUUGGAGAUGGUGCACAGAGCUCUCGUCCACGUCAGGCUUGGCAGCUCCUUAAGAUGGAUGAAGACGGGGCCAAGAUAGAGGUGAUGUUCGGUGGCACCGGCACUGAUUAUUGCUCUGUGCGGAGAUCGUUGAAUGGGAAAGUAGAGUUGCUCGGCUCCGUGAAGCGGCUUACUAAGCAAACAAAUGGUUCAGAAAGCUUGAGAGCUCUCUGCAAGAGACACACAAGAUGUGAAUGUUGGGUUACCGGCGGAACUACACAUGCCGACCUCAUUUUGCAAUGGCUUGCUGUCGCUCCGAAGGAGACAGUCGAAAGUCAUGCCCGUCUUGCUUUGGAAUUGAAGCGGUCGGUCGGUAUGAAAGUUCGAGGCUGA